CGACUUCGACUGCUAUAUCAGGUGGAAGAACAGGCGCCUGAUGACUGUAUGACACGCUCAUGCCUCGGAGUUCGUCGAAUGUCGGCGUAAGCGCACGUUCGCACGUCACUACAGCUUGUGCGGCAUGUCGCAGAAGCAAAAUCAAGUGCGACGGGAAUAUGCCAACCUGCGGGCAUUGUCUCUCAAGAAACCGCGAAUGCGUAUUUGAGAGCCGUUCUGACAAAAGAAAAAUUUCGACGCGGAAAAGCGUCAAGCUAUUCUCGGCUAGAGUCAAGCAAUUACAAGACUUUAUCGUUUCGCAUGGCCUUCCGGUUCCUCCACCGCCUGGUCGUCAAAACGCAAGUACAUUGGAUAAUUUAAUGGAAACAUAUCCCUCGUCGCCUUCAGAAGGCCAGCCUGACGACCCCAUGGAUUCCGGCCUGCUGAUGGAACCAUCAAUGAACUCACUUCGAGGUUCCGAAACCGUACAGUUGAAUAAUCCAUCGACUCAUACGGAUGUCACGAUGCUCGGGAUGGAUAAUUCAUAUCCUGUUUCGGCAUCAACCAUUCCUAACGACGUAUCCACACAGUUUGAUUGGUCCAAUGACGUUGCUUUUGACGCCCUCCCCACCACAGGCGCGGAUUGGGUAUGGAACGCGCCAGGGUUCGACGUUCCAUUUGCUGACAGCAACCCUGAUGGACCGACAGCAUCAGCGCUGAUGGAUCUUUAUGCUAGUGCUUCUGGUCGCCCAAUACCAGAGAUAUCGGAUGCACUGGCAGGUUGGGACCCUGAGACUGACUCUCAGGUCGAAGAGGAAGACCACACCGAGGUUACCAGUCAGAUCUCGGAACGUAUGGGUGGCCUUCUGGCCAGCAAGGGAGGUAAAUGGCGGUUCUAUGGGGCGACGUCCAACCUCCAUCUCGCAAGAUUGCGUUCGACUCCAUCAUCAGUACCCACGAAGUGUCUACAACAGGUAACCCUCAACUCGUCGCGAUUGAAGCUUCUCGGUCUGGAUAUUCCCGUCGAGCCUGUACUGGAACAGCGACUGAUUGACCUGUUCUUCGCAUGGCACAACUCAAGCAUGCAUGUUGUCGACAAAGAGUGUUUCGAGCGCGGUAGGAGUUUGUACACAGAUGAUCACCGAGACAGCGAAUUCUACUCUGAAUUCUUGGUAAAUGCCAUAUGUGCCGUUGGCGCAGCUCUCGAGAGCGAUCGACAUCCAGCGCUCCCUGUACCCCUGCCAGAUUUCUUCUCAAAGAGAGCAAAGGCGCUUCUUGAGCUUGAAUUGGACGAGCCCAAAGUAGCAACCGUUCAAGGUCUUGCCAUUAUGAGCUGUCAUGAAGUCAGCUCCAUGCAAGAUACCAGAGCAUGGCUUUAUAGUGGAAUGGCUGUCAGGCUGGCUUUCGACCUCGGCCUACACAUUAGUACACAAAAAUAUGUCGACGAAGGCUCCAUGAGCCACGAAGAAAGCAACGCACGGAACAUAGCGGUCUGGGGCUGUUUCAUGAAUGAUCGUGAUUGCGGGCUGUAUCUUGGUCGACCCUUCCACAGCAACAUCAAGGAUCUAGCGAGCGACUUACCAAUCGUAAAUAACACGCACGAAAGUACCUCGAUGUGGACGGCUGUUAUGUCGGGCGAUAACGCGCCAGAGAUUGUUCAGCCUCUCUUGAACGCUCAGAACCCACUCAUGGAGAAGUCGAUAGCGCUACACUUGAUCAUGUCUUCGCUUGGUCAUCAGCUAUAUGCAAGCGAGAAUACUACCAACCUGGAACUUCAAAGACUCGCUCACGACACUUUCGCGCAGCUCCGAGACUGGCGAGAGAACCUACCGACAGAACUAGAUCUUGACGUGACUAUUUUGGAGACUACGAAAAUAUUGCCACACAUUCUUGUGUUACACAUGCAUUACGCCCUCCUGGUCAUAAUCUUGCAUCGUCCAUUCUGCUCAAGGUAUUACGUCCAGCCCCGGCCUCUAGUCGGCCGAGGUCCUCAGCACGCCCGUGAAAUGUGUAUACAAUCAGCCGUCGACAUAGCAAAGCUACUUGUCUGCUACAAACGCCAGUACACAUUGCGAAGGAUUAGCAAUCAAGUCGUACAUAUCACCUUCACGGCGGCACUUAUACUUGUUUAUGCUGUGGUCUCCGGUAUUGGCAUCGCUAGUCAAUUCCGUGAAAGCUUGGAGUCACAUCUCGAUACAACUUGUGAAGCUCUUUCGGAGUUAGGAGAAGCGUUUCCGAACGCCAACAGAGCUCUUGAUGUUUUGCUUGCUGCUAAACGGUCAUGGCAGGCUCGCAUGUUGAGAAAGGUCUAGAUAAGCAGGUAGAACGUCUUACCUUCUGGAACAUCAUCAGUUCGUGAACGAGAUAUAGCUUUGAGUAUCAAGGCAAUCACUCACUGCUGCUACAUUCAAUGACGCUCUGACUGACGGGAAAAAUGCAUCAAAUUCGUCCGAUUACGCUCAUCCAACCUUGAACGGAUCAGAGAUAAUAGAAUGUUCUAUCAAUUGGCUAC